UUUGCAGGACUUCAAGAAUAUGUUGAGGCGGUCUCAUUUCAGUAUUUUAUCAAAACACGCUCUUUGAUUAGUGUUGAAGAGAUCAACAAACAACUAAUAUUUACAGCAGAAGACAGAGAAGAAACAACAAACACGACCUGCAAUUCCCAGGAUACACCACCACAUACUUGGAGGCUGAAGGUAACACCUGUCGAUUACCUGCUGGGAGUGGCUGAUCUAACUGGAGAGCUGAUGCGGCUGUGCAUCAGCAGCGUUGGAAAUGGUGACAUAGACACACCUUUUGAACUUAGCCAGUUCUUACGUCAGAUUUAUGAUGGUUUUACUUUCAUUGGAAACACUGGACCUUACGAAGUAUCUAAGAAGCUGUAUACCUUGAAACAGAGUCUGGCAAAAGUAGAGAAUGCCUGCUACACAUUAAAAGUACGGGGAUCUGAAAUCCCAAAGCACAUGCUGGCUGAUGUGUUCUCCACCAAAACCGAAUUGAUUGACCAAGAUGAGGGUCUUCCUUAAAAUAAGGAGACUGUUGCAACUCAGAAGGGAAGAGGACUUAGAGAAAGCUUUCUAGUUACGGUUUGUGGGGUUUUGACUCUUCUCAAAGCUUUUUAGGUAGAGACGUUUUUAGUUUUAUCUAAGAGGAGAUUGUUUGCAGUGGUAAUUUGUAACCAAACAUACUUCUUAUGGUGUGCAAGAGAACAAAUGUUUGACUUUGUCCUCUCAGUUUGAAAUUUCCUGUAUUGCUCCAUUGUAUCUUCUUUGAGAACUAUCAAAAUUUCCACUGCACUCUACACCACUGACUGUCCUUUGUGUGUCACCUCAAACUGUUAUGGUUGCUGUUACCAGUUUUUGGCAAGCACAGCAGUGGAAUAAAAAUGGUGAGGUACUGUUAUUUAGCAUUAUCUAUAUAUUUCUGCUGACCUGUUUUCUGAGUAUUUGGGUUCUAUA